CUCCACUCUCCCUUGCGCCUCGUAGCUCGCCCUGCCGGCCUUCGGUUUUGCGUUGUCUUGCUCUUUGUCCGAAUCGUGUCUCUGCCCGCCUGGCUGCUCCAUUCGCCGGGGCCUUUAUUUUUCUUUCCUGCCCUCCACUUCGGCCCUCGCCGGUCCCCCCUCGCCGGUCCCCUCGGAACCAUGCCACACGGCAGGUUACUCGUCGGGCACGGCGGCGACUCGUCCACUUCCGAUGAGGAGGGGCCCCUCCUGACGGGCGCCCCGGCCGGGUCGUCCACCGGCUUGAGGUCGGCCUCGGCCCUGGACCUGGUGGCUGAGCGGGAUCCCUCGUCGUCCGAGCUGUGGGAUGACUCGGCCGCUGUCUCGCCGGUGGCACUGACAACCGGCAUGGCGCUCUCGGGGCCGGAGCAAAUGGGCCUGCCGGUGGCCGGGGGCUUUGGCGCCCGGCCGCGCGUGCUCGCUUCGCACUCGGAGGACCAUCUGGCGGUCCGUUGGACGGCGGGACCCGGAUCACCGGCGGCCCUGCCCCCGGCGAUGGCGCUCGGGGCCGUCCCGCAGCCGGGGCCCUGGUCGCCGGAUCUGCGCCUGGACCCGAUGGGCUCGGCGUCGCCGGUGUCCUUCGCCAGCCGGCAUUCGGAGCUGGCCCCCUUCGGCGGCGGGCCCCGGGGGAGCUUCAGCAGCGGGGUGUCCCAUCGCCAUAGUGCGGACUUCCGCCGAGCGGUGGUCGUGGCCCGGGAGGAGGCCGCCAGUCGGGCCAGCCUCGGGGACAUGGCCUCGCCGCUGACGACAUUGACCCUGCUGAACCGCGGGUGCGCGGAGUGCGGCGCGGCGCAGCCCUUCUCCUCCGGGGUGUUGGGGCCGGUGGGCGCCGCCGGGCCCGGGGGGGAUGCCCCGCCGCCGGGCCCCGGGGGCUCGAUCGAGCCGCGCAUCCUCCCGGUGGAAGCCCUGCAGCUGGGGGAGGCUGGCACCCCGGGGCCGGUGGAUGAUGGGCCCUGCUGCCCGGAGUGCGGGUCGCGCCUGGACCCGGCGACCAUGCGGCCAUGGGGAAGUGCCACCCCGGGGCUUGGCCGCGCGAGUGCCGGCUUCCCACGGCGCGCCUCAUCGGCCACGGUGCGCCAGCGCUCGCGGCUGGCCCCGGUGCCGGAGUCCGGCGACCCGGGGACCACCCUGUCCGGGUCCCCCCCGCCGGCCAUCACCCCGCUGCCCUGGCGAUCGUUGUCCAUUGUGUUGUUGGUGCAAUUCAGCGAGGGCAUGCAGCUGAACAUGAUCCUGCCCUUUGUGCCGUUCAUGGUGGCCAGCUUCCCGGAAGUUGACCCCAGCCAGGUGGGCUUCUAUUCCGGGAUCCUGCUGUCGUCCUUUGCUUUGGGCCAGCUGUGCUCGGCGUACGCCUGGGGCCGGCUGGCGGAUCGCCUGGGCCCGAAGAAGGUCAUCACCUUCUCGCUGUCGGUGACCUUUGUCGCGUCCUUCUUCUUCGGCCUGACGAAGGCCUACUGGCAGGCAUUGGCCCUGCGUUUCCUGGCCGGCCUAUGCAAUGGCAACAUCGGCACCAUCAAGUCCUACCUGGGCCGGAUCACGGACAACACCAACCAACGCCUGGCCUUCUCGUACCUGUCGGCGGUGUGGUCCAUCGGCUCGGUGCUGGCUCCCUUCCUGGGGGGGCUGCUUUAUGAUCCGGGCCGGCAGUAUCCCGGGCUCUUCCCGGCGCCCUUCUGGCUGGCGUCGCCCUUCUUCCUGCCGUUGCUGCUGGCCUCCUGCUUCUGCCUGCUGUCGCUGGUGCUGACGAUCCUGCUGCUGGACAGCGGCCUGUCCUCCGGGUCGGCACGCUCCACGCCGGAUGAUCCGCUCGAGCACCAGAUCGGCCUCGAGGCAUCGAUGACCAUCAAGCCGCCGGCUCCGCCGCCUGGGGGCCUCCUGCCGGAGGCCCUUGCCGCCCUGUAUGCGGACGCCACCCGCGGCAUCGGCCGCCUGUAUGCCGGGCUGGCGGGGUGCGUGCGCCGCGCACGGACCUCCUCCCCCAGCCGGCGAUACGCCCCGGUGCAGGAGGAUGCCCUGGGGCUCGGGGAGGCCAUUCCCCUGCGGGAUUUGGGCCCCGGCGAGGCGGGAGCCCAGUCGGCAGAGGCCCCAGCCCUGCCGCCGGCCGGGCGCAACCUACUCAUAGCCACCCUGGUGUACGGGCUUUUCUCGAUGUCCAACUCCUCGUGGGAUGGGAUGAUGCCGCUGUUUGCGCGGCUCCCGGUGGAGGAGGGCGGCCUCGGCCGGACAUCCAGCCAAUCGGGGCUCAUUUUCGCGGCCAUCGGCAUCGCCACCGCGCCCUACUCCAUGUUCCUGUAUGGGCAUGUGUCGCGGCGUUUUCACCUAGUGACCCUCAUGCGCUUCGGGGCGCUCAUGGUCAUCCCCAUCACCCUGGCUCUGGGCCUGACGCAGCGGGUCUUCGUGUGGACCGGCAGCGAGGCCCUCCUCUGGGUGAUGCUGGUGAGCGUGUGCAUUUCGCGCGGCGUCAACAAUGUCACCGGCCUGACCACGGUCAUGGUGUACAUCAACAACUCGGUCCCGCAAUCGAGCCUCGGCGAGGCCAAUGGCGUGGGGCAGACCCUGGCCGCCAUGGGCCGCACCAUCGGGCCCUUCCUGAUCGGCUUGAUCUGGGGUGCUGCCGAGCGCGCCGGCAUGCCGGGCCUGGCCCUGCUGGCCGUGUGUCUGCUCUUCCUGGUGGUCUGGCUCAGCUCCUUCCUCUACCACCCGACCAUCUUCCGGUCGUAUGAGGCCAAUUUGCUGGACAUCCAGGCGGAAAUGGACCGGGCGGCGGCGGCAGCCGCGGCCGUCACCUCUGCCGCCGCGGUCGGGGACAGCUGUCCUGCCUCGCCUUUUGUCGACCGCGGCGGGGUGUCCUUCUCCAGGUCGGCAUCCUCCUUCGCCGAGGGGCCGGCCCUCGCUGCCGGGGGUGGCAUGUCCGCCGGUCGGGACCACGCGCUGGGUCAGCACCCGCACUCGCCGCUGAUGGCCGGCGCCCGGUAGGGGCACCGGUGCCCCCCUGCCUGCGCUCGAGCCGAGACAAUGCCCGACGGGGGGGGGGGGGGGGGGGCGA